AUGUCUCGAAAAGCGGUUGAGGAUGUUAUGCGAAUUGAGGUUGAGAUAUUGGAUGCCACAAGAGGAAUAAAUUCAAGGAGCACUAGCGUUGCUGAUAACCCACCAACGCAAACAUCAAAAAUUAAACCUCCAAAACUGGAUUUGCAAGCAGCAAUUAACACCGGAUCAAAUACUCGAUCAUUUGGAUUGAAAUCCCCUCCUACAAGCGGAAAGAAGAAUCGAAACUACACAAACUCAGCUGAAAUAUAUCCUCCUAUAGCUUCCAAUGUGGACAUUGUUGCAAAAAAAUACACAACAAAACAGCCCAACACAACCAAUACGCAUGACAAAAUAUCAGUAGCUGAACGCAUGUCUCACAAACGUUCUUAUUACAACAGACCUCAGUCCAGUCCUGCAGGAUUGAGCAGACCUUCAUUUUCUCCUCCAAAGCCAGUUAGAGAUCAUGCUAAUCAUAUUAUUAACACAAAUAUUCCAUUGUUUACACCUGGUCCAGGAGCUUACAAUGUCGAGAAGGCAAGCAAAUAUUUACGACCUUCUACUGCAGUUUCAAUAGCUAGAAACCCAAGAUUUAAAGAUGUAGGAGAUACAGGUCCUGGUCCUAAUCAGUAUGAUCCUCAAAAACCGCUUAAACGAAUGCCUUCUCCACGAUUUGGUUCCAGUAAACGUCCGGAAAUUGUAAAGUCGUUCACUCCAGGCCCUGGUGUUUACUCAGCGAACGAUUCUGUUUUGUCCCAAGUGAAGGUCACCCCUAGAUUUUCAUUCCCUCACACUCCUAGAGAGAGGGAGCACGAACAUCGAACACCUAGUCCAACAAGUUACACUCCCAAGUAUGACGCAGUUCAAAAAAAGAAUCCAACAGUGGCUUUCACAAAAUCUCCAAAGAAUGAGAGACCAAAAUCGACCUCAACUUACACACCUGGGCCCGGCAAUUACGGUAUUCCAACCUCUCCCAAGUUGUCAAAAACGCCAGCAUAUAGUUUCCCUAAGUCAGAGCGUAAUGUAGAUCACAAAAAGUCUGUAGAUGCUUUGUACAAUGCCUAUUCCUCGACAUUUUCUUCCAAAGGGCCUGUAAAAUUUGGGACAAGUAAGCGGUUUCCAUCCUCCAAUCAUACACCGAAUGUUCCUUUCUAUCAAGCACAACCCGAAUGGGGAAAGGCAAAAGGUGGUAUUUUCGGGAGGGAUAGGAGAAACAUUUUGCAAGAGUCACUAUCCAAAAUCAAUCCUGGGCCUGGAUCUUAUUCUCCCAACUUUUCAAUUACAGAACGAUCAACUCCAAAACCUGUACUGUACUUGACAGGUUAA